CGCGAGGGUGCCACUGCUGCAGUGCCAGAGUCCUGUGCCGAGAGGAGGUGGGCAGGUCCCCAGGCGGGCGCGCACGGAGACGUUGCGCCCCCCAUCCCGCGCCAGUGUCGCCGCAGCCCGCCCCGAGCGACCAGUCCAGCUACCCCUCGCCCGCGUGCUCGCCGCGCCCGGCCCCAGACCGCCAGCUGCUCCGCGCCCCGGGUUCGCCAUGCGCUCCGCCGCCGCCCUGGCGCUACUGCUCUGCGCCGGGCAAGUCAUUGCCCUCCCUGUGAACAGCCCUAUGAAUAAGGGGGACACCGAGGUGAUGAAGUGCAUCGUCGAGGUCAUCUCUGACACGCUGUCCAAGCCCAGCCCCAUGCCUGUCAGCCAGGAGUGUUUUGAGACACUCCGAGGAGAUGAACGGAUCCUCUCCAUCCUGCGACAUCAGAAUUUGCUGAAAGAGCUCCAAGACCUCGCUCUCCAAGGAGCCAAGGAGAGGUCCCAUCAGCAGAAGAAACAGAGCAGUUAUGAGGAUGAACUCUCAGAGGUUCUCGAGAAGCAGAACGACCAGACUGAGUUGAAGGAGGGCACAGAAGAGGCGUCCUCCAAGGAGGCUGCGGAAAAAAGAGGAGAUUCUAAAGAGGUGGAGAAGAACGAUGAAGACGCAGACGGAGCCAAGCCCCAGGCCUCGCUGGAGCCGCCGCAGGCCUCGGAGGCUGAGGACCAGACCCCGGGGGAGGAGGAGGCCGCCAGCACCCACCCCUUAGCCAGCCUUCCCAGCAAGAAACGCCCAGGCGCACAGGCCGAGGAGGACCACGAGGGCCCCUCCCAGGGUCCGGUGGACAGAGAGAAGGGCCCGAGUGCAGAGCAGGGGCCGCAGGCAGAGAGAGAAGAGGAGGAGGAGGCGGACGCUGGAGAGAAGGCGGUCCCGGAGGAAGAAGGCCCCCGCAGCGAAGCAUUUGACCCCCACCCGAGCCUUGGCUACAAGGAGAUGCAGAGGGGUUGGCCCCAGGCUCCAGCCAUGGAUGGAGCCGGGAAGACUGGGGCUGAGGAGGCUCAGCCCCCCGAGGGGAAGGGGGCGCGGGAGCACUCCCGGCAGGAGGAGGAGGAGGAGACGGCAGGGGCCCCUCAAGGCCUCUUCCGGGGCGGGAAGAGAGGGGAGCCCGCGCAGGAGGAGGAGGAGCGGCUCUCCGAGGAGUGGGAGAAUGCCAAGCGAUGGAGCAAGAUGGACCGGCUGGCCAAGGAGCUGACGGCCGAGAAGCGGCUGCAGGGGGAGGAGGAGGAGGAGGAGGAGGAGGAGGACCCUGACCGCUCCAUGAAGCUCUCCUUCCGGGCCCCAGCCUACGGCUUCAGGGGUCCUGGGCUGCAGCUGCGACGAGGCUGGAGGCCGUCCUCCCGGGAGGACAGCGUCGAGGCCGGCCUGCCCCUCCAGGUGCGCAGCUACCUGGAGGAGAAGAAGGAGGAGGAGGGCAGCGCCAACCGCAGACCAGAGGACCAGGAGCUGGAGAGCCUGUCGGCCAUCGAGGCGGAGCUGGAGAAGGUGGCCCACAAGCUGCAAGAGCUGCGGCGGGGCUGAGGCACCAGCUGGCCCCACCUGCCAGGGCCCCGAGACCCCCUGUAGUCCUGGCUCUGUUGUCCCCUUUGCAGGUCCUGGCCAGACGGCCUGGGGGCUGCUUCCGGUAGGGAGGC